AUGGCCAACAAUCUUUUCUUAACAAAUUCCACCGCCGCCACUACCUUCAUAGUCGUCCUUUUCUCCCUCCUCCUCGCCGGAAAAUCCCAAACUUUCUCAACCAACUUGCCAAGAACAGCGCUGCGACUUGGGAAGCAAAAACUAACACACCUCCAUUUCUUCUUCCACGAUGUUGUCGGUGGUCCAAAUGCAACCGCCAUUAGGGUGGCUGCAGCCUCUAUCACCAACACUUCCACCACAGGAUUCGGGGCUGUGAUCAUGAUGGACAACCUCUUGACGGUGGGGCCCGAACCAAACUCUACCAGGGUGGGAAGAGCACAAGGGAUGUAUGCGUCUGCGGAUUUAAAUGACAUGAGCUUUAUGAUGGUUCAGAACUAUGUGUUUGAUGAAGAAAGGUAUAAUGGAAGCACUUUGAGUAUAUUGGGUCGGAACCCUAUUAUGUUGCCGGUGAGAGAGCUUCCGGUGGUCGGUGGAAGUGGUGUUUUCCGAUUUGCUCGUGGGUAUACCGAAGCUCGGACUUAUUUUCUGAAUGCUACCAAUGGAGAUGCCAUUGUCGAGUACAACGUUUAUGUCAUUCAUUAUUGA